CCAUCACUCUUCAGUCUUCACUCUUUGUGCUUCUCCUUUCUCCUUCCUUCUGUCCGUCUCCACUUGGUCUGUCUUCUUCUCCUCUCCUUCUUACUCUGCCGCGAAAAUCCUGCGUGGCUCUCCGCAAGCCAUGAGAAUUAGGGUUUCCUCCAAUUGAUCGCUUCCCGGCGGGACGGGAGGCGGAUUACGAUGGCCACUCCGACUUCUACUGCAGCUGCUGCUUCCUGUUCUUCUUCGUUCCUAUCUCCGAGUACUGUUUCCAAGCGCCGCGUUUCACUCUCCGGCCGCUGUUGCGGUCUCAAUUCGCGUUCUCUUCGGAAUGUUCAGCUCAGCUACAGGUCUCUCCGGCUACGGACUCGAGUUCGAGCUGUCAAGGAAGAGAGUGCCAGCGCGGUGAUCGAGGAGAGGGAGAUUGAGCUGUUGAAGAAGUUGAAUGGAAAUGGCGCUGGUGGUGGUGGUGGCGGAGGCAAGUACGGAAGUAACGGAUCGUUUAGUAAUGGAAGUUUGGUUAUGGCGGAGAGCGAGGCGAGUGGUGGGAGUAGUAACGGUCGAUUGAUGAAGUACGUUAAUGGGAAUGGCGGUGCUUCCGCGGCGGAGACGGCGGAGGAUGGGAGGAAGAAGCGGAUUGAGGAGGUCGGGAAGGAAGAUGCGUGGUUUAAGCGCGAUGGUCAGGGGGAGGUUGUUGAGGUUUCUGUUGCGCCUGGGGGAAGAUGGAAUAGAUUCAAAACCUAUUCCACCAUUCAAAGAACUGUGGAAAUUUGGGGAUCCGUCUUUACUUUCAUCUUCAAGGCCUGGUUGAACAGUCAGAAGUUCUCUUACAGAGGGGGUAUGACGGAGGAGAAGAAAAUGGUGAGGAGGAAGGCUUUGGCUAAGUGGCUAAAGGAUACUAUACUCAGACUUGGCCCCACAUUCAUCAAAAUUGGCCAGCAGUUCUCCACAAGAGUGGACAUUCUUGCUCAAGAAUAUGUUGACCAAUUGUCAGAACUUCAGGAUCAAGUUCCUCCUUUCCCAUCUGAGACUGCUCUUUCUAUAGUCGAAGAAGAGCUUGGAGCACCUGUGGAGGAUAUCUUUGAGCGGUUUGAUUAUGAGCCAAUAGCGGCAGCAAGUCUUGGUCAGGUUCACCGUGCGAGACUCAAAGGACAGGAAGUAGUUCUUAAAGUACAACGGCCUGGUCUCAAGGAUCUUUUCGAUAUUGAUCUCAAGAAUUUGAGGGUCGGUAUUGUCAGUGGUGGAACUUUAUUUAGGUUAUUAUCAGACAUCAAUGAACUUGAUGGCCUUCUUUUUCAGGUAAUAGCAGAAUAUCUUCAGAAGAUUGACCCAAAGUCGGAUGGAGCAAAGAGAGAUUGGGUUGCAAUUUACGAUGAGUGUGCAAGCGUCCUGUAUCAGGAGAUUGAUUACACCAAGGAAGCUGCAAAUGCUGAGCUAUUUGCUAGUAAUUUCAAGAACAUGGAUUACGUAAAAGUGCCAAAUAUUUAUUGGGAAUACACCACACCUCAGGUACUGACAAUGGAGUACGUCCCUGGGAUUAAAAUAAAUAAAGUACAGGCUUUAGAUAAGCUUGGUCUUGAUCGCCAAAGGUUGGGCAGGUAUGCUGUUGAAUCUUACUUGGAACAAAUUCUUUCUCAUGGAUUUUUCCACGCUGAUCCUCACCCAGGGAAUAUUGCUGUGGAUGAUGUCAAUGGUGGAAGAUUGAUCUUUUAUGAUUUCGGAAUGAUGGGAAGUAUCAGUCCAAACAUCAGAGAAGGGUUGCUGGAAGUGUUUUAUGGAGUUUAUGAAAAGGAUGCAGAAAAGAUUCUUGAUGCAAUGGUCCAAAUGGGUGUCCUUGUGCCUACUGGAGAUAUGACAGCUGUCAGAAGAACUGCACAAUUUUUCCUUAAAAGUUUCCAAGAACGUCUUGAUGCACAAAGACGGGAGAGGGAAAUGGCGGCAGCAGAGCUUGGGUUUAAGAAGCCUUUAACCAAGGAAGAAAAAUUGGCGAAAAAGAAGGAGCGCUUGGCAGCAAUAGGGGAAGAUUUAUUAUCCAUUGCUGGAGAUCAACCUUUCCGAUUCCCUGCCACUUUCACUUUUGUUGUAAGAGCAUUUUCAGUAUUGGAUGGCAUUGGAAAAGGCCUUGACCCUCGUUUCGACAUAACAGAAAUUGCCAAGCCGUAUGCACUAGAGCUGUUGAAGUUCCGGGAAGCAGGGAUUGAAGUAGUCGUGAAGGACCUCAGAAACAGAUGGGAUAGGCAGUCCCGUGCAUUCUACAACUUGUUUAGGCAGGCUGAUAGAGUUGAAAAGCUUGCGGAAACUCUCCAACGAUUGGAGCAAGGUGAUUUGAAGCUUCGAGUUCGAACACUGGAGGCUGAGAGGGCUUUCCAGCGCGUUGGUGCUGUUCAAACUACAGUGGGAAGUGUACCAGCUACGAUGGCAUAUGCUGUAUGUGCCUUUUUUAGCUUAAAAGUUCUGGUAGGAAUUGUAAAGGUGAAGAAGUUAGACCAACGAGAAAGAUUAAUAACAGGCACUGCUUAAGUAGAUGUUCGAAUGUUGGAAGGAUGGCCAAUUUCUGAGCGUGAUGAUUCAGUGCAGGGGUGGAGCUGCCUAUCAUUUUUAAGACUUGAUCUGCGGGACACUCCCCCCUGUCAACAGUGUCCAGUUUUUGCUUCUGUAGCUAGAGAACUUGGUUUGUGCAAACAGCAUCUUCCCGGGCACUGUUGCUGAUGUGCUACUAAGUAUGACAAUCAUAAGCAAAUGAUUCUCUCUGCAUUUUCUCUACGCAAAUCAAAAUCGUCUGCAGCCCACGAGCCCAGUUCUAGUGGAAGCCUGCUCCAGCCAAAAAGCCCAACCUAAAUCGCUUACCGGGAAAAUACUGCCAAUUUGUCGCCGGCCCAUCAUCCAUACCUAUCGGGAUCGUCUCCCGGGAGAAACAGCACCGCAACUCUUUUCCAUUCUUUCGCGGUUCCUUCGUCCGUACAUCAAUGGACCUCCCCAGCUUCCCCGUCCGCUUCACUGAACUUGCCUUCUCGAGUAAUUCUGCUUCUACUCUCCGUUACUCCUUCUUCAGCUCAAAAUUCUAGGCUUCACGGCGAUUCUUAUGAUUCCGUUCAUGUGAAGUUCAUCUCAAAAUCCUCGAGCCCUUGUUUGCGACGUUUGGUUGCUGGGAAAACUGAAUCGAGUAACUCCAUCGCGGUUUCUUAGUUCAGAAAUCGCUAGCUCUCUGUGAUUUUAUGCUGGACUGAAUAAAUUUAGUUAGUGCUGAGAGAUUGGAGGGAGUGGGGGAAAAUGGGGUUUGAAGAGUUCGAAUCCAUUUUCGGCGAACCGAGAGCAGAAUGGGGCAAGAGCUCCGACCUCGGCCGUUCCGCUCCCCUCCGGAGAUUCUUGAUGCAUGUGUUUGCUCCAGACUACUAUCACCUUAAGAUUCAAGCAACCGAUUACAACUCCAACACUUUUGAAGCGAACAAGUCCAUUUCGCAGCUGGAAGACUUGCAAGAUAGCAUUGGAAUUGGUGGCUCGUGGUCUGAGUUUGUGGACUACUUUGUAUCUUCACUUAAAUCUGAAGAGAUCAAGCUUGUGCUGGAGAAGCAAUCGGGUGGUGAUGGUGCUGCAUCUGCAAGAUUGGUUUCUCAGAAAACAAAAGGAAUGCCUUUGAUCUCCAUUUCUCUCAGGAGGGUUUUGGACGGUGAUGCAAAUGAUGUCAUGGCAGCUAUCUCUUUUGGGCUCUUCAAGGCACUCAAGUGUUCACCAAAGAUGGUGGCACAAGGGGUAGAGUAUUCUUCGCAGUUGAUGGAAGCAGAUAAGCAAAACAACCAAGUCCAGAGUCAAUUGGAGAAGAGGCAGAAACUGGGAAAUAUGGAUGCUUUCAACAAAGGUGUUUCUGGCAAUGGCUCGCAUAAUUCUCCUGAUAAGCAACCUGCUCGAGCGACUGGAACACCAAAGAAAGCCAUCAAUCGCGUCGUUCCAGCACAUCGCAGGACAAGAGUAAGGGGUGCUCUUAUAGGCGAUGCUGAAGAUGACGAUGCAGAAAGUUGAAAUAGCAACCACAGGAUUAAAAGAGUAAUAACUCCUAACUAAAUUGUAUUAAACAGCUACAGCUUUUUGAAUGUUACCUUUUGUAGAAAAGAAAUUCUUGGAUUGCAAGCUUU